AUGAAGUUUUUUAGCUUGGCGGAUGAAGCUGAAUUCAAGUCAAUAAUCACUUCAAAAAACAAAGCAGUAGAUGUUAUAGGGUCCAAGCUAGGUGGUCAAGUGGUUUCUUUUUCAGAUGAAUGGUUUGCCUCUGCCGAAAAUUUAAUCAAACCAACUGUCCCCAUAAGGGAUCCUACCAGAUUUGUUCACUCAGGCGCAUGGUACGAUGGUUGGGAGACGCGAAGACAUAAUGAGAUGGAAUAUGAUUGGGUUAUCAUCAAGAUGGGAGUUGCUGCUGCCCAUAUUAUUGGUGGUGAGAUCGACACUGCGUUUUUUAAUGGUAACCAUGCACCAUUCGUUUCGAUUGAGGCGCUGUAUGACGAGGGUGAAGAAGGUGAUAUAAUGGAAGAUGAUCCGCGUUGGGUUGAGAUUGUUGAGAAGUUUGAGUGUGGUCCUUCGCAAAGGCACCUUUUCGUUAGAAGUAACGGCCUUACUGAAGAAAGGUUUACUCAUGUCAAGCUGAAGAUGUACCCCGAUGGAGGAAUCGCCAGAUUUAGAUUAUACGGAAGAGUUGUCCCUCCAGAAUUCAGAACUGAGAAUCAUGUAAUUGACCUGGCUUAUGUUUGCAAUGGUGCUGUCGCUUUAAAAUAUUCGGACCAGCAUUUUGGCUCAGUUGAUAAUUUACUAUUGCCAGGGCGAGGCCAUGAUAUGUCUGAUGGCUGGGAAACCAAAAGGUCAAGACAACCAGGUCAUACUGAUUGGGCGAUAAUUCAACUGGGUAGAGAAUCUUCUUUCAUUGAAAAAAUUAUCGUCGAUACGGCACAUUUCAGGGGGAACUUUCCGCAGUUCGUCACAGUGGAAGGUUGCUUGAAGGAUUCAGAAUCGAGCGAGAAAAUUGAUGGAAGAACAUGGGUCGAGCUAGUUGGCAAGUCAAAGACGGGGCCCGAUAAAGAACAUGUGUAUGAAAUACGUAAGAAUAUAAGAGUCUCCCAUGUCAAAUUAACGAUUAUUCCCGAUGGAGGAGUGAAAAGAAUAAGAGUUUGGGGGCACUAA